AGCGCCACGCGGCCCUACGGCAUGGCGGGGGGUCUCCCGGGGGCCCCGGGGCUGAACCUGCUGCUGCGGCGGGACGGGCGCCUCAUCAACCUGGGGGGCAAGAGCUCGGUCAGCGUGGAGCCGGGGGACAUUUUCUGCCUGCUGACCCCGGGCGGGGGCGGCUUCGGCCCCCCCGAGGAUGGGGGUGACCCCCCGGGCCCCCCGGAGCCCCCGGACCCCCAGGACCUCUGGGCCCCCCAGAACUCGCUGCGCCCCCAAAACCCCGGCGGCCCCCCGGGCCCCCCGACCCCACAAACCGUCCUGGAGCGCGGCGGCGACUUCGAGUUCCGCCAGGCGCAGGAGGCCGUGUGACCCCACACUCUGUGGGGCAGCCCCACACCGCUGUGGGGCAGCCCCAAAUCUGCCGUGUGACCCCACACUCUGUGGGGCAGCCCCACACCACACCACUGUGUGACCCCAAACCCGCUGUGUGACCCCAAACCUGCUGUGUGACCCCAAACCGCUGU